UAUUAAUUUUCAUCUUGUUCUCUAAGGUACUCUCCAGUAUUCUCUUGGAGACAUCCUCUCUAAGUCUUAAGGAAACUGAAAUGUACACAAAGCAACUAGUACAGAGAACACUAGUUGAUGGCAGUUCGAGAAUGUGGUGAUGGGCAAGUGAUGUGUGGCCUGUAGGUGAGUGGAAACAUUUUGGCUCUGAUGGAUGAGAAGGUUGUAUCUGGGCCUUCCGUGUAGAGUAGACUGUCAUUUUAAAAUCAACCAAAAAAUAUUUUGCCGAACUGAGACUGUAAAGUAGCAAGUGGUAUGAUCAGAUCUUGUGAAUUUUCCAUAGUUUCCUCCAAGAGCUGGAUCGUUGUCUCUUCCAAUUGCUUAGCAAUGCUUAGAAAGACAGUGAUAUAAUGAAUUUUCUUUGAUACUAAGCGCAAAUUUGUUUAUGCACAGGGUGUAGGAAAUGGAGGACAGACACCCAGUAUUGGCCGACAUGCAUCUAUUAUGAGCUCUGUAGGCAGUAUCUCCCCAUCCUGAGGUCAGUUCUAUGAGGUAGGUACUAUUUAUAUCAUAUUUCAGAUGAGAAAGACGCUAAAUACUUUGAGCCCAGGUAGGCUAUUCUUCCCACCCCAUCAGUAGUACUCAGCAUGGAAGCAAAUUGAGACAUUCAUUGCCUUCCUCCAGACGUUUCCUGCCAGCUCAACCUAGGAUGCGAUCCCGAGCUCAUUCCCGGGGAACCCGGAGUAUUAACAAACACCCUAAGUGGUAAUGAUAUAGACGGGGAAACUGCAUUGGAGCAGGUCAAGCAGCAGCCGACAGCGUUAACCUGUCCGCCGUGGGCGGAGGCGGCGCUAGGCGCGGGCUGGUCGGAGCCGCACACCACGCCCCCGGCCCGGGUGGAACGAGGACAGGUGCUGCCCUCCGGCGGCCGCGUCGGCGCAGUGCAACCCCGCGCCGCGGCUGCGCAGUGCCGCCCUCUGGCGGCUCCGCUCCUUCUUCCCAUGGGCCUCGGCUUGCGGGCCUUUCAAACAUGGAGGAGCGGGAGCGGGGGGCGAGGUCGGCUCGCGCCGUGAGUCCCGCGCGCCCGCCCAGCCCGCGGCUGGAUGUCAGCUCUGACAGCUUCGACCCGCUGCUGGCCCUGUACGCGCCCCGCCUGCCUCCCAUCCCCUACCCCAAUGCCCCCUGCUUCAACAACGUGGCGGAGUACGAGAGCUUCCUCAGGACCGGGGUCCGGGGCGGCGGGCGCGGGCGCGGGCGGGCUCGGGGCGCGGCCGCGGGCUCGGGGGUUCCCUCCGCGCCCGGGCCCUCAGGCAGGACUCGCCGGCGCCCGGACGCGCCCGCCCCGGACCCCGAGCGCAUCCAGCGUCUCCGCCGUCUCAUGGUGGCCAAAGAGGAAGGGGACGGAGCCGCAGGAGCGGGCCGGAGGGGUCCCGGUCGGAGCAGGAAGGCGCCACGCAACGUGCUCACGCGAAUGCCCUUGCACGAAGGCAGCCCUCUGGGUGAACUCCAUCGCUGUAUCCGCGAGGGGGUGAAGGUGAAUGUUCACAUCCGCACUUUCAAGGGACUUCGGGGCGUCUGUACAGGCUUCCUUGUUGCAUUUGACAAGUUCUGGAAUAUGGCACUUACUGAUGUGGACGAGACCUACCGAAAACCUGUCCUAGGCAAAGCAUAUGAACGGGAUUCGUCACUGACUCUCACUAGGCUAUUUGAUCGACUGAAACUUCAAGAUUCCUCCAAGAAGGAAGCAGAUUCUAAGUCUGCAGUUGAAGAUUCCACUCUGUCUAGAUACUCACAGACAUCCACUUGGAAGUUGGCUUCAGUGUGGGGAAGAGGAGACACUGACCGGGGCUCACACAAGCGUUCCCGCUCUGUCCCUUCUUCCCUGCAGGCCUCUGCAAGGGAGGAGUCCAGGUCAGAGCUGUCAGGGAGGACUACACGGACAGAAGGCUCCAGUGUGGGAGGUACCGUUUCCAGGGCUACCACCCUUUCCAGAGGCCAGUCCCGUAAGAAAAAGCGAAAGCCCAAAGUGGAUUACCAGCAGGUAUUCACUCGACACAUAAAUCAGAUUUUCAUUCGAGGCGAGAAUGUCCUACUGGUUCAUCUUGCACAGUGACCAGCUCAGCCUGGGCUUUGGUUUUUAGAAAUAAAAUGCAUGAAUUGCUGCUAUGCUGUAUCCUAGUAUCCCAGUGAAACUCUGAGUUGGAAUGAUUCCCUCUGGUCCUGCAUAAGCAGAGGACAGAGCAGGCUCAGCCCCCUGGAAGAUGAGCUCAAGGGGAGGACAGGCCUUGGGAGGGCGGGCAUUUGCAUUAAUAUCAAAGCAAAAAGCAUACAUAGAUACCUGCAUCUGAUUUGGUAUCGUGAUUUACUUCAGACCCUGAAACCAAAUAUCUGAUCUUCCAUUAGACUUAGGGGUCACAAUAUGAGUGGAAUUUACUUUUUAGAGACUAUAGGGGAAAGAAAAGUCUCAAAAAGAAGUAUUGCAUGUCUAAAAUCUAGUGCCCUGAGUACUCAUGAAUUCGAUUCCAAGAGUAGCAGUGUAAAUUGCCUUGGAGCCCUGCAUUCAUAUCUUGUAACUAACUUUUGAAUUUUGCCUGACAUGAUUCUCUCUUGAUGAAGAAAUGAAAUGUAUUGUCUUUGAAUAUCUACAAGAUCUAGGAAAGUUACCAACUUAUGUAAGGGUGGAAUUUGGAUAGGUGGUAUGCUCAUAGCAGCCAGCAACGAGUGUUCUGUUUUGAUCCUUCUUCUUCUUAUGGAAAGGAAUACAGGACUUCUUCAGUCUUCCCCUUACCAGAGGUAGCCUCUGCAAAUGGCAUACCAGAUGGGACUCUAAGAUGCUUGUGUGGUGGCUUCUUGUCCUUCUCUUUGACUUCUGUGGCAUGGUGCUAGUGCAUGUACCCUGUGGUAUUGCCCCUCUGUCCGUAGUGUGAACUGUCCUGUGAACUUUAUGUCAGGAGACUGUGACCUUCAUGUCCAGCUUCAAAGAGUUCUUCGUGAACUCAGUAAUACACAUCACAUGGCUGAGAGUCUGCUUUCCAGGCAGGGCCAGCAUGUGUAGAAUAUCUUUCAGAAUGUUCACCAUGAAACAGGGGUGGUAGAUGUAUUCCCUUGUGUCAGGCCAAAGAAGUUCUUACAAAGUACAGUGGGUGGUGUCUAAAGGGACACUUCACUCACAGCCUGGCUUGAGUAACAGGAACACCAUAGCACCCGCAAAUACUUCUACUUGAAUCAUAUUCUGUGCUUUUUCAAUCACUAGUGCAGAAUAGGCUGCAUCUUGACACAGACUGUUAGGCAAUAUUGAUUUUUUUGUUUUGUUUUUAUUUGGUUUUAUCUGAGAUAACUCAUGUUCAAGGUGAAAUAGCUAACUAGUUAAAAUGUAUGAAAAGAAAACUUUCCCCUGCUGUAUUUGUUGUGUAACAUAAAUAAGCCUUCUGAGAAGCAGGGUGAAUAAAGUUUAGGGAGCUGGGACACCUGGUCCUUCUGCUAGCUGGACCACUGGCUCAUCAUGCAAUGAAAGGUGAGCAGAUUUAACCCCUCUGUGCCUCAGCUUUUUCCCCACAGACACCUACCUCACAGGGGCAUUGAGACAAAAAAUAAAGAAAGGCAUUUUACAGUCUCUAAACAUGUUUAAGUGCCAUGAGUAAUUUUUCCUGACUCUGUUUCAUAGCUUUGUAAGAAUUCUGUGUCUUAUAAGCAAGGCAGGUGCUACAUAAAAAAAGUACUCUUAGCUGGGCGCAGUGGCUCACACCUGUAAUCCCAGCACUUUGGGAGGCCGAGACGGGCGGAUCACGAGGUCAGGAAUUAGAGGGCAUCCUGGCUAACACGGUGAAACCCCGUCUCUACUAAAAAUACAAAAACUAGCCGGGCGUGGUGGCAGGCGCCUGUAGUCCCAGCUACUCAGGAGGCUGAGGCAGGAGAAUGGCGUGAACCCGGGAGGCGGAGGUUGCAGUGAGCCGAGAUGGUGCCACUGCACUCCAGCCUGGGCAACAGAGCGAGACUCUGUCUCAAAAAA